AUGUCUUCCAACUCCUCCCCGUCAGCGACACAGGGCAACAGUCCCUCCGGUCUGAACUCCGGGUUUACGCCCUCCUCGAACGACAAGGGCAGCUCGACCCCUCCGAAUGGCGACGUCGAACUCAAGACCAUGGGGCCCGGUGCGCCCAAGCGCUCAAUCCCCAUAGGGGAAGAUAUCAUGCAACUGGCUCGUAUUGGAGAGAUUGGCGCGAUGCAGAAUCUGUUUGCGACCAAGAAAUUGACCGCGAACCAUCGCGACGACGAAGGGAUCACCCCGUUACACUGGGCGGCAAUCAACAACCAAUACGCGAUGUGCAAGUUCCUCCUUGACUCGGGCGCCGACGUGAAUGCCAAGGGUGGAGAGUCGGUAGCCACCCCGGCCAUGUGGGCGGCGCAACGGUGCCACUACUAUAUCGUCAACCUCUUGCUUUCAUACGGAGCGGAUCCGCUCCUGACCGAUGUGCAAGGUUAUAACAUCCUUCAUCUUGCGACUAUCGAUGGCAACGCCUUUCUGGUCGUCCUGCUCCUACACCAGGAGAUCCCGGUGGACGUGGUCGACCAGCAAGGUCACACUGGGUUGAUGUGGGCUGCCUACAAGGGAUACCCCGCUUGCGUGGAUCUAUUCUUGCGAUGGGGCGCGAAUGUCAAUGCCGUGGAUGAAGGCGGCCUGACGCCGCUCCACUGGGCGUUGGUGAAGGGCUCUUUGCCCUGCGUCCUGAAGAUGCUAGAAUACGGCGCGGAUCGAUUCGCAAAGACCAGAGACGGCAAGUCUCCGAUGACCGUGGCGCAGGAAAUGAACACUUCGCGCAUCUGGACUCGCGCUCUCAAUGAGCGUGGCUACGAGCCUGAUGGUAGCCAGAAGGUGGUGCCCAUGGGCUUGUCUGCCUGGGCCCGGAAUAAGAGUCUCAUGGCAAAGUUUUUCUUCCUCUGGCCUUUCCUGACCAUUCUUGUGGCCGUUUGGAUCCUCAGCAACAUGGCCAUCUUUAUUGGUGUCCCGCUCACGCUGGCGACACUGUUUGGUAUGCAAUGGGCUGCGCAGCAGGUGGCGAACCGUGGACCCUCGGAAUAUCGCAUUCUGCAAAAAACGCCAUAUCUGGCUGGUGUGUUCGCAGGUACAUUGUUCUGGGUUGGCUUUUGUUAUGUCUUCAAGGUCUUGCCAGGCACAUACUCUUCGUCUCCCAUCCUGAACAUCCUUUUCACGGUCUUCUACUCCUUGACGACCUUUUUCUACAUCAUGGCCAUGGUGGAAGACCCUGGAUACGUCCCCAAGCUCGGCAGCAGAAACCAGCAGAGAGAGAUGGUCAAGCAGCUCUUUGAACUGUGGAAGUUUGAUGAAGAAAACUUCUGUGUUCCUUGCAUGUCGAGGAAGCCCCUUCGUAGCAAGCACUGUCGCCGUUGCGGCCGCUGUGUCGCAAAGCACGACCACCAUUGCCCAUGGAUCGACAACUGCGUUGGAGCGAAUAACCUUCGUCACUUCGUUCUCUACAUCGUGUGUCUCGAAAUCGGCAUCAUCCUCUUUGUGCAGCUUACCAUUCGCUACAUCAAUGACUUGCCAUCUGCGAAUGCCAAGUGCAGCGUUGUCAACGAUACUCUGUGCGACUAUGUGACUCGAGACACGUUUGCCCUGGUCAUCAACAUCUGGAUCAUUCUUCAACUGGUCUGGGUCACCAUGCUGUGCGCUGUCCAGCUCGUGCAGAUCUCGCGUAACCAGACCACGUACGAGAACAUGAGAGGUCACCAUAUCGAUCGUUCCUACCCUAGCUCUCAAGCCUUUGCCUCGGCCAUGACCGCGGGCACGACUUCGUUGGAGGACGCCGGUCUCUCCGCCGCCGGACAGGGACCGAACCCGGCCCUGGCACGACCUCCAACCCCUCGUCGGCGUCACGGCUGUUUCCAACAAUGGUCAUCUCUUCUGGGCAUCGACACCUUCUUCGCUACCGCACGCGACGGGCUCCGCGAAGGACCUGCCGCUGCACGGCCCCGCAAUCCUUUCUCUCGCGGGGUGACAGGCAACUGCCGCGACUUCUGGUGCGACCCGGCCCCAAUCUUUGGCAAGCGUCAAUCCGGGUCUGGGAUGCUGGGUGGCGAGGUGGUGAAUUAUAACGACAUGUACGAAACCCCGAUGCGUAUGCACGUCGGAGCUCGAGGUGGUGAUGGGGGCGCCUACCGCAGUGUAGCGGCCGAGGAUCCCGAACACAUGGUGUAA